ACUACUACUAGCUAGUAGCUACUCCCCCAUUUAUGAACCACUACUUCUUUAACAAUAAUCAUUUUAAUUAAAAACAACGUAAGUUUUGUUAGUUUGGCGUAAUCAACCCUCAUAAUCUCCAGUCUAUAAUAUAUGUCUUGUCAUCAACAAUAUAUACAUAUAAAUUAGUUAAUUAGAUAGGAAGCCUUAAUAAUUUGAUUGAGAAUAACAUCAUAUCGAUCUAUCACUUGGUAUAUUGAUCGACCGACAUGGUGGAGAACGAGCACGUCGGCGUGGUGGUCAAGGGAAGGGCAAUCAUCGACACCCGUCCGCCUUUCCGGUCAGUUAAAGAAGCAGUCACACUCUUUGGAGAGAGAGUUCUAGUUGGGGAGAUUUAUGUCAAGCAACUCAAACAGAUGCAACACGUAGCCAAGACAGAUAUGAAGAAAGAAAAUGUAACGUCGUCAACAAUAGGAGCUGUAUCGACUGAAUUAGAAGAAACUAAAGAAAAACUACAAAAAGCAAAAGAAGAAGGUAAUUACAUGGCAAAUUGCGUAAAAUCACUAGAAGAACAACUAGAAGAAACAAAGAGGGAGCUCCGAAAUCUAAAAGCUGCAAAAGAUCAUCAACAACAACACACCAAAGCCAUGAAUCCCGAAGUUGAAGAAGUCGAAUUUUAUGAGAUUAAUGCUAAUGCUAAUAAUAAUUUUGAUGAUAAUCGUGGAAAGAAGAUUGUAACAUUUGCAAGUCCACCUUCUUUAACUAGAGAAAUCAAGCAAAGUCGGCUUAGUUUUGUGGAUGAUGAAAGAGCAAGCAAGUUUGGAAGAUCUUCUUCUUUUAAGAAGGAAGGAACCAAAAAGCCCGUUGUUGCAAUUAUGGGAUGGCUUUUCCCUAAGAAAAAAAGAAUCAACUAUCAAGGUGAUCUUGAUCGUUCUCCUCAAGUUUAAUUUCUAAAGCUAGCUAACUAGCUAGCUAGCAUGUACGCGCAUAGUUAUAAUAACUGCCUUCGGUUUCCAAUUGUUGCCGUCGUAUAGUUCAAAUUACACUGCACCGUGACAAUUGAUUUUAUACGAUGUAUGAGUAGUAAAUAAUUGCACAUUCAAUCAAAAGUAAUUGGGGAUAUAGGAAAACAGAAUACGUUGGUUGGAUACACAAAAUCGCGACAAUGAUUUUUUUUAUUUUAUUUUAUUGCGAU